GGGCGAGAGCUGGACUUAUUGGUACCACGUGGGAGUUGCUGUGAAGAUUUGUUGGCUUCUGAGUCCUCACCGAAGUCGAGCUCCGGCCUUUGUGUUUAGAAAUCCGCUGGCCUGAAAGAUGACGUCCUUAGCCCAGCAGCUCCAACGACUCGCCCUCCCUCAAAGUGAUCCCAGCCUCUUAUCUAGAGAUGAAGUUGCCUCUUUGUUGUUUGACCCCAAGGAAGCGGCCACCAUCGACAGGGACACCGCCUUUGCCAUUGGAUGCACUGGCCUGGAAGAGCUGCUUGGUAUUGAUCCUUCCUUUGAGCGUUUUGAAGCACCGUUGUUCAGCCAGCUAGCAAAAACCUUGGAGCGGAGCGUUCAGACCAAAGCAGUGAACAAACAGCUGGAUGAACACAUUUCGUUAUUUCUUAUCCACUUGUCUCCUUACUUCCUGCUGAAGCCGGCACAGAAGUGUCUGGAGUGGUUGAUCCACAGGUUCCAUAUCCAUCUUUAUAAUCAGGAUAGCCUCAUUGCCUGUGUUCUCCCAUACCACGAGACAAGAAUAUUUGUGCGGGUUAUACAGCUUCUAAAAAUUAAUAAUUCAAAGCACAAGUGGUUCUGGUUAUUGCCAAUUAAGCAAUCUGGAGUGCCUUUAGCUAAAGGAACUUUGGUUACCCACUGCUACAAAGAUCUUGGAUUCAUGGAUUUCAUUUGUAGUCUGGUGACAAAAUCUGUGAAGGUUUUUGCUGAGUAUCCUGGGAGCUCAGCUCAGCUGAGGGUGCUCUUAACUUUCUAUGCUUCUACCAUCGUGUCUGCUCUGGUGACCGCCGAGGACUUAUCCGACAAUAUAGUCGCCAAGCUGUUCCCAUAUGUUCAAAAGGGAUUGAAAUCAUCUUUACCAGAUUACAGAGCUGCAACGUACAUGAUAAUAUGUCAGAUUUCGGUGAAAGUGACCAUGGAAGAUACCUUCGUCAAUUCCUUGGCUUCACAGAUCAUCAAAACACUGACCAGAAUUCCCUCUCUGAUCAAGGAUGGAUUGGGUUGCUUGAUAGUGCUCCUGCAGAGACAGAAGCCAGAGAGCCUGGGGAAAAAGCCGUUUCCUCACUUAUGUACUGUUCCUGAUCUUGUUCCACUACUACACGGGAUUUCUGAAACAUACGACAUCAGUCCUCUUCUGCGUUACAUGCUUCCCCAUCUGGUUGUCUCCAUUGUUAAUCAUGUUACAGGAGAAGAAACUGAAGAGAUGGAUGGUCAAAUCUAUAGGAGACUCUUAGAAGCCAUACUUACAAAUAUAUACCUGAAGAACAACUUAGACCAUUUGUUGGCUAGCCUUCUUUUUGAGGAGUAUAUUUCAUAUAGCUCACAGGAAGAAAUCGAUUCUCAUAAAGUAUCUUUGCUUAAUGAGCAGUUUCUUCCACUUAUCAGACUUGUAGAAAGCAGAUAUCCCAAAACUUUAGAUGCCGUAUUAGAGGAACGCCUAAAGGAAAUUACAGACCUAAGAAAACAGGAGCUUUUUCACCAAUUUAUCUCUCUUUCUGCAAGUGGUGGAAAGUAUCAGUUUUUAACAGAUUCUGAUACCUCCUUGAUGCUCAGUCUGAAUCAUCCACUUGCUCCUGUGAGACUUCUGGCCAUUAAUCAUCUGAAAAAUGUCAUGACAACAGCAAAGGAGAGUAUCGAUGAGUCUUUCAUUAAAGAAGCUAUUUUAACCCGAUUAGGUGAUGAUAGCAUAGAUGUUGUCUUGUCAGCCAUAAGUGCAUUUGAGAUUUUCAAACAACAGUUUAAUUCAGAAGUGACAGUUUCAAAUCUCCUGAAUCUCUUUCAAAGAGCAGAACUUUCAAAAAAUAGGGGAUGGUACAAUGUGCUUGAGAUAGCAGCAGACAUACUAAUUAAAGCAGAGAUACUGAGUGAAAACGAUCAGUUGUUGAAUCAGGUGGUGGUGCACCUGCUACCAUUUAUGGUCAUCAACAAUGAUGAUAUGGAAUCUGCUGAAAUGAAAAUGGCUAUAUAUUUAUCAAAAUCAGGAAUUUGUUCUCUGCAUCCUUUAUUAAGAGGCUGGAAAGAAGCUCUUGAAAAUGUGAUUAAAAGCACAAAGUCAGGAGAACUAAUUGGUGUAGCAUGUCAGAAGAUGAUCGAGUUGCUGGCCGACAAUAUACAUUCAGGGGGUCCCUCUUCAAUGUUAAAGAUGGUGGAGGAUUUAAUAAGUGUUGGAGAAAAGGAGUCCUUUAGCCUGAAGCAGAAAGUGACUUUUCACGUGAUCAUGGCUGUACUUGUCUCCUGCUGUUCGUCUUUAAAAGAAACUCAUUUUCCAUUUGCGACAAGAGUCUUCAGUUUGUUGCAGAAAAAAAUAAAGCAGCUCGAAAGUGUCAUUACUACAGUGGAGAUCCCCUCAGAAUGGAAUUUUGAGCUGAUGAUGGACAGAGGGGUACCGCUGGAGCUGUGGGCACAUUAUGUAGAACAGCUCAAGACUGCCCGGAGGAUUGCUGUGGAGGACUCAGUUUUACUUGUGUUUUCACUGAAAAAUUUUAUUCAUGCACUAAAGGCUCCUAAAUCUUUUCCUAAAGAUGAUACCUGGUGGAAUCCUGAACAGCUGAAAGAAGACAGCAGAGACUACUUGUGCUUGCUCAUUGGGCUCUUCGAGAUGGUUCUCAGUGGUGCUGACACCGUCCAUUUUCGGGUUCUGAUGAAACUUUUCAUAAAGGUACAUCUAGAAGAUGUUUUCCAGUUAUUCAAGUUCUUUUCUGUUUUAUGGACCUAUGGUUCUAGCGUUUCAAAUCCACUUGACUGCAGGGUGACAACAGUGCUGCAGACUCAAGCUCUUUAUGUGGGCUCUGCAAUGCUCUCUUCUCAGAAAGCUCAGUGUAAACAUCAGCUGGCAUCCGCAUCUUCUCCAGUGGUGACAUCUCUACUCAUUAAUCUGGGAAGCCCCGUAAAAGAAGUACGUAGGGCGGCCAUUCAUUGUCUCCAGGCCCUCAGCGGAGUGGCAUCCCAGUUUCAUCUGGUCGUAGAUCAUGUGGUUCCUAAAGCAGAGGAGAUCACCUCAGAUGCCACCUUUGUUGCUCAGGAUUUGGCUACUUUAUUUGAGGAACUACAGAGAGAAAAGAAGCUGAAAUCUCAUCAGAAGUUGUCUGAAACUUUGAAAAACCUACUUUAUUGUGUAUAUAGUUGCCCGUCUUAUAUUGCAAAAGAUUUGAUGAAAGUACUUCAGGAAGUCAGCAGUGAGAUGGUGCUUUCUCAGCUGUUGCCUGUGAUUGAGCAACUGUUAGAAAAGAUCCAGAAGGAGCCCACAGUUGUCCUGAAAGAUGAGGUCAUUGCUCUGCAUCUCAUUCUGGGAAAAUAUAAUGAAUAUUCAGCUUCCCUUUUACAUAAGGACCCGAAGAGUCUAGAUGUAUUUAUAAAAGCUGUGCACACAACAAAGGAACUUUACACAGGAAUGCCAACCAUUCAGAUUACAGCCCUCGAAAAGAUUACGAAGCCAUUUUUUGCAGCUAUUUCAGAUGAAAAGGUUCAGCAGAAGCUUUUGUGCACAUUGUUUGAUUUAUUGGUGAACUGUAAAAACUCACAUUGUGCUCAGACUGUUAGCAGUGUUUUUAAAGGGAUUUCCGUUAAUGCUGAACAAGUCAGAAUAGAACUGGAGCCACCAGAUAAAACUAAGUCCUUAGGCACAAUUCAGCAAACAAGGAGGCAGAAGAUGCAGCAGAAAAAAUCACAAGAUCUAGAAUCUGUUCAGGAAGUUGAAGGUUCUUACUGGCAAAGAGCAACCCUCAUCCUAGAAUUACUGCAGCACAAAAAGAAACUCAAAAGUCCUCAGAUAUUGAUACCGACUCUUUUUAACCUGCUCUCAAGGUGUUUAGAGCCUUUGCCACCGGAGCAGGGAAGUAUGGAAUACACCAAACAGUUAAUUCUAAGUUGUUUGCUUAACAUCUGCCAAAAACUCUCUCCAGAUGGAGGCAAAAUACCAAAAGAUGUUCUCGAUGAGGAGAAGUUCAAUGUGGAAUUGAUAGUUCAGUGCAUCCGCGUUUCCGAGAUGCCUCAGACCCAUCACCAUGCCCUUUUACUGUUGGGUACUGUUGCUGGAAUAUUUCCUGAUAAAGUUCUACACAAUAUCAUGUCUAUUUUUACAUUUAUGGGAGCCAAUGUGAUGCGUCUAGAUGAUACUUACAGUUUUCAAGUUAUUAACAAGACAGUGAAAAUGGUAAUUCCAGCACUUAUGCAGUCUGAUGGUGGCGACUCUGCAGAAGUCACGAGGAACGUGGAGGAUAUCGUGGUCAAGAUCAUCAACGUGUUCGUGGAUGCGCUGCCCCACGUGCCUGAGCACAGGCGCCUGCCUGUCCUCGUGCAGCUUGUUGACACACUGGGAGCAGAGAGGUUCCUCUGGGUUCUCCUCCUCCUGCUCUUUGAACAGUAUGUCACUAAAACGGUGCUGGUGGCUGCCUUCGGAGAAAAGGAUGCUAUUUUAGAGGCAGACACUGAAUUUUGGAUUUCAGUCUGUUGUGAAUUUAGUGUCCAGCAUCAGAUCCAGAGCUUGAUGAAUAUCCUUGAGUACUUAAUGAAGCUGCCAGAGGAAAAAGAAGAAACCCUCCCCAUAUCAGUAUCUUACAAGAGCGAAUCACAAGAAGAAAUGCUACAGGUUUUUAACAUAGAUGCUCACACUAGCAAGCAACUGCGGCAUUUUAAAUUUUUGUCAGUGUCCUUCAUGUCUCAGCUCCUGGCUUCCAAUAACUUUAUCAGAAAGGUAGUUGAAAGUGGCGGUCCUCAGGUGUUGACAGGCCUUGAACAGAGGUUGCUAGAAAUGGUUCUUGGCUACAUUAACGCUGUAGCACAGUCCAUGGAGAGAAACGCAGACAGGCUCACUGGGAAGUUUUGGCGAGCGCUCCUCAGUAAAGCUUACGACCUGCUGGACAAGGUCAAUGCCUUGCUGCCCACAGAAACCUUCAUCCCUGUGAUCAGAGGGCUGCUGGAGAACCCACUGCCGUCUGUUCGCCGGAAAGCUUUGGAUCUUUUGAACAACAAACUACAGCAGAAAACCUCCUGGAAGAAGAAAAUUGUUUACCAUUUCUUGGAACUGGUCCCAGUCCUUGUGGCCAUAGUGAAGCAUAAAAGAAAGACAUUAGAAGAACAACCAAUAAACAGACAGACAGCUUUAUACACCUUAAAGCUUUUAUGCAAGAAUUUUGGUGCAGAAAAUCCAGAGCCUUUUGUCCCUGUGCUGAACACUGCCGUGAGGCUGAUUGCUCUAGGAACAAAGGAGGAGAAGAACGUCCUGGGGGGUGCCCUGCUGUGUGUGGCCGAGGUGGUCUCCACGCUGGAAGCCCUGGCCAUCCCUCAGCUCCCCAGCCUGAUGCCACCAUUGCUGACAGCCAUGAGGAGCGCCCGCGACCUGCUCUCGGGCGAGGUCUACCUGCUCAGCGCCCUGGUGGCCCUGCAGAAGGUGGCUGAGACCCUGCCGCACUUCAUCAGCCCCUACCUGGAAGGUGUCUUGUUGCAGGUGAUUCACUUGGAGAAGAUCACUACUGAACUAGCUCCUGCCUCCCAGGCUACUGUCCACCUCACGUCCCUUAAAAAGACCCUGGCCACCUCGCUGUCACCCCGAGUGUUACUGCCAGCCGUCAAGAAGACGUACAGGCAGAUCGAGAAGAACUGGAAGAAUCUCAUGGGCCCGUUUAUGAGCGUCUUGCGCGAGCACAUUGGGGUGAUGAGGAAGGAGGAGCUCGCCUCCCAGCAGCCACAGCUCACCGCGUUCUUCCUGGAGGCCUUGGACUUCCGCGCCCAGCACUCUGAGAACGAUCUGGAGGAAAUUGGAAAAACGGAAAAUUACAUCAUUGACUGUCUCAUGGCCAUGGUUGUAAAACUUUCUGAGGUCACAUUCAGACCCCUGUUCUUCAAGCUGUUUGAUUGGGCUAAAACAGAGGACGCCCCAAAGGACAGACUGUUGACAUUUUACAACUUGGCAGAUUGCACUGCUGAAAAACUGAAAGGGCUUUUUACCCUGUUUGCUGGCCACUUAGUGAAGCCUUUCGCUGACACCUUGAACCAGGUGAACAUCUCCAAAACAGAUGAAGCGUUUUUUGACUCUGAAAGUGACCCUGAAAAGUGCUGCUUGCUACUGCAGUUUAUUCUGAACUGUUUAUAUAAAAUCUUCCUCUUUGACACCCAGCAUUUUCUAAGUAGAGAGAGAGCAGAAGCCUUGAUGAUGCCCCUGGUGGAUCAGCUGGAAAACAGGCUUGGAGGAGAAGAGAAGUUCCAGGAGCGAGUGACCAAGAACCUGAUCCCGUGCCUUGCUCAGUUCUCAGUGGCCAUGGCAGACGACUCGCUUUGGAAACCACUGAACUACCAGAUCCUGCUGAAGACGAGGGACUCCUCACCCAAGGUUCGAUUUGCUGCUCUGAUUACAGUGCUGGCACUGGCUGAAAAACUAAAAGAGAAUUAUAUCGUCUUGUUACCAGAAUCCAUUCCUUUCUUAGCUGAAUUGAUGGAAGAUGAAUGUGAAGAGGUGGAGCGUCAGUGCCAGAAGACUGUUCAGCAGCUGGAAACGAUCCUGGGGGAGCCGCUCCAGAGCUACUUCUAAAACCUUGGUU